AUGUUUUCACGUUAUUCCUCGGCGGCUCUGUUGGCAUUUUGCCUGCUUGUCAGCAUUAUCAGCGCCGAGCCCGCCGACCCUUUCGCUGACAACCCGGCCUAUUCUGUUCUGUCCGAGACGAACGAUGCCGGCGACCGAUGGGCGUUCAGCGUCUUCUCCGAGGGCUACCAGGAGCUGAAUGAACUGGGCGAAAUCAUGCCCGUCACCUCCCUCCUGGUCAACAAACAGUCCAAGCGCCUCACGGUCAUUAGGGCCAUGAACGAACACGACAAGGUGAAGCCGAGGCUGAAGAUGCGUCAGAUCCUCAAGGAGUGCUGGACCAUGACGGGCCUCCAGCCGUCGGAGCUGAAGGUGGUGCUGGGCUACCAGAUCCGGAACAAGAACAUGCUGGAUGCAUUGGAGGAAUGCCGCGCCGGAAUGGGGUUGAGCCCCAACACCCCCUUCGAAGUGUCCAACAAGGAAACAGACUCGGGACGCACAGCUUGUUGGAAGGCGCUUGGAGCGACCAUCUUCUCCUCCGCUAUCCGGGGCGCCGUCGAAGACUUCAAGAUCAAAAAGGACCUCGUUCGGGUCAAGGUGGAAUAUGACAUAGAAAGGGACGGGAAGGGCUGGAACCAUGUCUACUACGAGUUCGAACCCAUACAAAAAGCCUGA